AUGACUCCUACACAACAAUAUGCAACUUUGGAGGAAGGUUCACCAGUUGUCCAAUUUGUCCAUCAGGGCUCCCAAUGUGCCGGAAAAUUGGUAUUUCUCACACCCCGUGAUUCUGCCACUGGCAUGGCUCGGGGGAUGAUUCUGGACGCCAACGGUACCCUUGUAUGGAACCAAGCGGAAUCGUUGAGGGAAUUGAACCAGAGAAUUCAGCAUUUGAAGGCUCAGAAGUAUCGAGGCGAGACGUACCUGACUUACUGGAUGGGGAAUAAUGAACUAGACCCCCCUGUCGGAGCAGGAUACAUGCUUGACAAUUCCUAUCGGGAACGGCAUCAGAUUCAGCCGGUUGGCUACCCAGCAGCAGACAAACAUGAGUUCCACGUCACUUAG